AUGAAGUACGGAGCCCCCCUCGCCGCCCUCGCGGCCCUCGUCGCACCCCUCGCUGCCGCCGCCGCCGUCUCCUCCUCGUCGGCUGACCCCACCCCGGUCUACACCACCAUCGAGCCCUCGCUCAGCGAGAUCGAGGCUGCUGCUGCCACCGCUGUCGUCGGUGAGGAGACCUCGGAUGUCGAUGGCCUUUACUUCAAGCGCAUGUUUGUCAUCUGGCUCGAGAACACUGACUUUGAGGCUGCUGAUACUCAGGCUGACCUUGAGUGGCUCGCCCAGUACGGUGUCAAGCUCACCAACUACUUCUCCGUCACCCAUCCCUCCGAGCCUAACUACCUCGCUGCCGUCGCUGGUGACUACUUUGGCAUGGACUCCGACGCCUUCUUCCAGAUCCCCAAGAACGUGUCGUCCAUCGUCGACCUGCUCGACUCCAAGAACAUCUCCUGGGCCGAGUACCAGGAGCACCAGCCCUACGCCGGCUACCAGGGCUUCAACUACUCCAACCAGGAAACCUACGCCAACGACUACGUCCGCAAGCACAACCCUCUCAUUCUCUUUGAGAACAUCGUCAACAACGCCUCGCGUCUCGACAACAUCAAGAACUUCACCUCGUUCUACGACGACCUCGACAACGAGCAGCUUCCGCAGUGGGCUUUCAUCACCCCCAACAUGACCAACGACGGCCACGACAGCACCAUCGACGUCUCCGGCGCCUGGUCCCGCUCGUUCCUCGAGCCGUUGCUCAACAACUCCUACUUCAUGGAGGACACCCUCGUCCUCCUCACCUUUGACGAGAAUGAGAACUACGCCAUCCAGAACCGCGUCUACGCCCUCCUCCUCGGCGGCGCCGUCCCCGAGGCUCUCCAGGGAACCGAGGACGACACCUUCUACAACCAUUACUCCGAGAUCGCCACCGUCGAGGCUAACUGGGACCUUCCCCAUCUCGGCCGCGGUGACUUUGACGCCAACGUCUUUGCCCUCGUCGCCGGCGACCUCAGCAUCGCCUCCUCCGAGAUCGACUACUCCAACAUCUACAACAACAAGUCCGCUCCGGGCUACUACAACGACGACACCAUCCCCAUCCCUCCCCCCAACGUCGACGUCACCAACCGCAACGGCCAGAGCAUUCUUCCCGCCAUCAAGUCCGUCUGGGGUGAGAAGUACGCCUCCUACACCGCCGAGUCGUUCACCUACUCGACCGAGACCGACAACUUUGCCUCCUCCACCGGCGCCUUCACCGCCUCUUCCGUCACCGAAACCGCCUCUGCGACAUCCGACGCUUCGUCCGGCUCGGCCUCCGCCACCUCCGCCGCGGCAUCCUCGUCCUCCGUCGCCGCUAGCUCCUCGACCGCCGCUAGCUCCUCGUCCUCCGCCGGCGCUGCCUUCGGUGCCGCCCCGGCUACCGGUCUCGUGGGUCUUGUGCUCGCGGCUCUUGCCAUGAUCUAA